ACUGAGGCGGCGGCGGCGCUCGUGAGGGGACCCCCGGGCCGGGACUCGCCCGGCCCGAGCGGCCGGGGGAUGUUGCGGUGGAUCCGGCAGCAGCUGGGUUUUGACCCACCGCAUCAAAGUGAUACACGAACUAUUUAUAUAGCCAACCGUUUUCCCCAGCAUGGCCAUUACGUUCCUCAGAAAUUUGCAGAUAAUAGAAUCAUAUCAUCAAAGUACACGGUGUGGAAUUUCAUUCCAAAAAAUUUAUUUGAGCAGUUCAGAAGAGUAGCCAAUUUUUAUUUUUUGAUUAUAUUUUUGGUUCAGCUUAUGAUAGAUACACCUACCAGUCCUAUUACAAGUGGAUUGCCAUUAUUCUUUGUCAUAACUGUAACAGCCAUAAAGCAGGGCUAUGAAGACUGGUUACGACAUAAAGCAGAUAAUGAAGUAAAUGGAGCUCCAGUUUAUGUUGUUCGAAGUGGUGGCCUUGUAAAAACUAGAUCAAAAAAUAUUAGGGUGGGUGAUAUUGUCAGAGUAGCCAAAGAUGAGACUUUCCCUGCCGACCUUGUACUUCUCUCCUCUGACAGAGCUGAAGGUUCAUGCCAUGUUACUACUGCUAGUUUGGAUGGAGAAACCAAUCUCAAGACGCAUGUUGCAGUCCCAGAAACAGCAGUAUUACAGUCAGUUGCCAACCUGGAUAAACUCGUAGCUGUUGUAGAAUGUCAGCAGCCAGAAGCAGACCUAUACAGGUUUGUUGGUAGAAUAACUAUAAGUCAACAAAUUGAAGAAAUUGUACGACCUCUCGGCCCUGAAAGUCUCUUACUGCGAGGAGCAAGAUUAAAAAACACUAAAGAGAUUUUUGGUGUUGCAGUGUAUACAGGUAUGGAGACGAAGAUGGCAUUAAAUUACAAGAGUAAAUCUCAGAAACGAUCAGCGGUAGAGAAGUCUAUGAAUUCAUUUUUGAUUAUCUAUUUAAUAAUCCUCCUUUUUGAAGCCAUCCUGAGUACAAUUUUAAAAUAUGCUUGGCAAGCUGAAGAGAAAUGGAAUGAGCCUUGGUACAAUCAGAAGACUGAACAUGAAAGAAACAGCAGCAAGAUUCUGAGAUUUAUUUCAGAUUUUCUUGCUUUUCUGGUACUUUACAAUUUUAUUAUACCUAUUUCACUGUAUGUGACUGUUGAGAUGCAGAAAUUUCUUGGAUCUUUUUUUAUUGGCUGGGAUCUUGACCUCUAUCAUGAAGAAACAAACCAGAGAGCACAAGUAAAUACUUCAGACCUCAAUGAGGAAUUGGGACAGGUGGAGUAUGUGUUUACAGAUAAAACUGGUACGUUAACUGAAAAUGAGAUGCAGUUUCGAGAAUGCUCUAUUAAUGGCAUCAAAUACCAAGAGAUCAAUGGCAAACUAAUUCCUGAGGGCUUGACUGAGGAUUCUCCAGAUGGAAGUAGACAGAGUCUUAUGAAAGAGGAAGAACUCUUCUUGAAAGCUGUCUGUCUCUGUCAUACGGUGCAGAUUAGUGCAGAUCAAACAGAUGGCAUGAGUGAUAGUCCUUGGCAUGCCAAUGGAAUAGUAUCUCAGUUGGAGUAUUAUGCUUCCUCACCAGAUGAAAAAGCUUUAGUUGAAGCUGCUAGCCGAGUUGGAGUUGUAUUUACUGGAACCAGUGCAGAAAGUAUGGAAAUUAAAAGCCUUGGAAAACCAGAAAGGUAUAAAUUACUUCAUGUUCUGGAGUUUGACCCAAAUCGUAGACGAAUGAGUGUCAUUGUGGAGAGUCCUUCAGGAGACAAGCUCUUAUUCACAAAAGGAGCAGAAUCUUCCAUCCUUCCUCACAGUAGGAGUGGAGAAAUAGAUAAAACGAGGUUACACGUGGAUGAAUUUGCUUUGAAGGGGCUCAGAACUUUAUGCAUAGCUUAUAGAAGAUUCACAGCUGAGGAGUAUCAGGAAAUAGACAAACGCCUUCACAAGGCCAGAACUGCCUUACAGCAACGAGAAGAACAACUAGCAGAUGUAUUCAGUUUUAUAGAGACAGAUCUGGAGUUACUUGGGGCUACAGGAGUAGAGGACAGACUCCAAGAAAAAGUCCAAGAAACUAUAGAAGCCCUCAGACUGGCUGGUAUCAAAGUGUGGGUGCUCACUGGAGAUAAACAUGAAACAGCUGUGAGUGUGAGUUUAUCAUGUGGACACUUUCAUAGAACCAUGAACAUCCUUGAACUUGUACAGCACAAAUCGGACAGUACAUGUGCUGAGCAACUGAGGCAGCUAGCCAGGAGAAUAAAAGAUGACCAUGUAAUCCAGCAUGGGCUGGUUGUGGAUGGGACCAGCCUCUCUCUUGCACUCAGGGAACAUGAGAAACUGUUCAUGGAAGUUUGUAAAAACUGUUCUGCAGUGCUGUGUUGUCGCAUGGCUCCCCUGCAGAAGGCAAAGGUGGUACGACUGUUAAAAACAUCGCCAGAGAAACCUAUAACAUUAGCCAUUGGUGAUGGUGCUAAUGAUGUAAGCAUGAUACAAGAAGCACAUGUUGGCAUCGGAAUCAUGGGUAAAGAAGGAAGACAAGCUGUUAGAAACAGUGACUAUGCAAUAGCACGGUUUAAAUUCCUCUCAAAGUUGCUUUUUGUUCAUGGCCACUUUUACUAUAUUAGAAUAGCAACCCUUGUACAGUACUUUUUUUAUAAGAAUGUGUGCUUUAUUACACCACAGUUUUUAUAUCAGUUCUUCUGUUUGUUUUCACAACAAACUCUGUAUGACAGUGUGUACUUGACUUUGUACAAUAUUUGUUUCACUUCCCUGCCUGUCCUCAUCUACAGUCUUUUUGAACAGCAUGUGCACCCGCAUGUAUUACAGAGCAAGCCAGCACUCUAUCGAGACAUCAGUAAAAAUGCCCACCUGGGCUAUAAACCAUUUCUUUAUUGGACUAUCUUGGGCUUCUGUCAUGCAUUUGUUUUCUUUUACGGUUCAUAUCUUCUGAUGGGGGAAGACACUUCUCUACUGGGAAAUGGCCAGAUGUUUGGAAACUGGACUUUUGGUACCUUGGUCUUUACAGUUAUGGUUAUAACUGUAACAUUUAAGAUGGCUUUAGAGACUCAUUUCUGGACUUGGAUAAACCAUUUUGUAACCUGGGGAUCCAUUGUAUUCUAUUUCUUAUUUUCCUUGUUUUAUGGAGGAAUUAUCUGGCCGUUUUUGCAUACCCAGGAUAUGUACUUUGUAUUUGUUCAGUUGCUAUCAAGUGGUUCUGCUUGGUUUGCCAUAAUCAUCAUAGUCGUUGCUUGUUUGUUUCUCGAUGUCAUGAAGAAAGUGCUGUUUAGACAUCUACAACCAACUAGUACUGAGAAAGCUCAGCUUGCUGAGACAGGUUCAGGUGUCAACUGCUUGGACUCCAUGUGCUGCUUCUCAGAUGGGGAAACAGCAUGCACAUCUGUUGGAAGAAUGCUGGACCGACUGAUAGGAAGAUGUAGUCCAACCCGGGUCACCAGAUCAUGGAGCUCAUCGGAUCCCUUCUAUACCAACGACCGAAGCAUCUUGACUCUCUCCACAAUGGACUCAACUACUUGUUAACAGGGACAUUUGUUAAUGCCUUGUGGAAGCCAUAUGGUGCUCACCUACCUAUACUAGGUUAUAAGAAAGUUCAGUGCUAUAACCCACCCUAGAAAAUCUACCAGAAUAAUGCAGACUACUAAAUGUACAAACCUUGUGGUCUAUCCUGUAGCAUAGAAACACAUACAACUGAAGGUCGAUCUCUCUUCUAAUCAUAGGCCUAAAUUGCUAAAUAGUUGCAUAUUGAGAAUGUGCUUUUUCUCUGACCAUUUACUGUUUGAAGUACCAUUUUAACGGAUGGAAGUCCUGUGUCUGACAUUAUUUGGGAUGUCAGGAAGAGGCAACAACCACAUUUCUGCUCCCAGAUCUAGGUACCUGAAGGUACUGACUUGUUUUUAAGUCUGGUAUCAUACUUUUAAGUAGACUCUUUUCCCCCACUUCAAGACAUUUAUAUAUAGAUAUAUUUAUUCUAAAUUCAUAUUGUGCCAUCUCCUUAUAUUCUUAGCAAAUUGAAAAUAAAGAAAGUUCUUAUUUCUUCCAUGGGCAGAACAGUUAGCAAGUAGAACAUAGCUUUAUGGUUAUCCUACUCAACAUUUUUGUAAAGCAGUUGAAAUGCCAUGCAGGCAUUUGUGCUGGUGUAGAAAUGGCAAUAAACUAGUAGCCACUUCCUAUAAAUCAUUCAUAGCUUACAUAGAAUGGAAUGGUAUAAAAAAAGUUUACAGCUGCUGCUUGUUCUUUUCAAAUAAUGUUCAGGAGUCGCUUGUUCUCUAUUAUGCUCUACAUGUUUUAAUAAUUAUUGAUCCUGAUAUGGAAUAGCGGGGGAGAAAGAUGCAUAUGAAAUGGAUUCUGCAUCUCCCUGGCGCAAAUUCAGUAAAUGUAAACAAUAUAAUCCUUUUAAAGUUGGCGAUUUUUUUUGCAUGUUUUAUUCUUUCUAAUGUAUUUAUACUUUACCAUGUUGUACUUUGAAGACCUAAUUAAGCAUUAGUUAUCUUCAUCUGUCUGAAGGAUCUGACACAUUGAUGGCAAUGUUUUGAUAUACAGUUACACCAAUAAAAAUAAAAUUGCACAUGUGUUACUUUGGACAGUACUGCACAUUUUUUCAGGUGCAUUUUCCAAUAUAAAUGUGUUUUCAGAUUCUGGGACUGGAUAGGAAGUCUUGCAAAUUCAUUCUUUAACAGGUGAUAUUGAGAGACACCAGCUAGCAGAAUUGUUGAGUCAACUAGCUGCAGAUGUUGAAAACUGAGAAUUGGAGGCGAUUGCAGCAGCGAUGCUGACGAUCCCCCUUGCCAAGUCGGUUGUUGGCAACCCUAAAAUGUGUAGAUUGGCGGAAGUGAUUCCAGUGCUGGGACUGCAUUUUCUCAUGUUGGUUUCAGGCUCCGAAUCUCCAUAAACAUGUGACAUUUUUGAAACGCAGUAAGUGGAAAGUUGCAUCUGCAAAAUUCAGAGCUGGUAUUUGCUGCUAGCAAAAGCAGGCUGCUGUGGAGGUAGGACAGAGUCUGUCUUACCGUUAUAUUGCCUAAUGCUACUUAGCCUGGAUAUUACGGGAGGUAGAGCUGUAGGACACAGUGGUAUAUAUGUACAUACCCACAGCUUGUCUACUUUGCAGCUGUCUUUUUGGAGUUGUAGUGCAGGCAAACUAGAUGGCUUACACUGGUUUUCAUAAUGGAGACAAAACCUUCAGAGCUUUCUCCAUGGCGCGCAAGCUGUUUGAGGAGGAGUUUGUCUCCGUUACCCAAGUCCCAGAUUCUGUGAACUGGAAAAAAAAAUGAUGUGCCUAAUUAUCUUCUCAGGCUGAAGUGAAUAGAUUUUACUGAAAUCAGUAGAGAAACCAAGCUCAGUGACAGGUGAAUUGAGCCCCGCACAGAGAUUUUCUUGGCAGUAAUA